AUGUCGUCUCACAGACCCAACGCGUUCAAUAGCCUCAGGAUGGGGGAGGUGAUCCGUGAAAAAGUCCAGGAUGGGAUCACGGGCGAAACCCGGGACCUACAAUAUACACAAUGCAAGAUUGUCGGAAAUGGAUCCUUUGGUGUUGUCUUCCAGACCAAGCUUUCCCCCUCAGGAGAGGACGCCGCCAUCAAGCGUGUUCUGCAAGACAAGAGAUUCAAGAACCGUGAGCUGCAGAUCAUGCGCAUUGUCAGGCACCCCAACAUUGUGCAAUUGAAAGCAUUUUACUAUUCCAACGGCGAGCGUAAAGACGAAGUUUAUCUCAACCUUGUUCAAGAGUUUGUCCCCGAGACCGUCUACCGAGCAUCGCGGUUCUUCAACAAGAUGAAGACGACCAUGCCCAUUCUCGAGGUCAAGCUCUACAUUUACCAGCUCUUCCGAGCCCUGGCCUACAUCCACUCACAAGGCAUCUGCCACCGCGACAUCAAGCCUCAGAACCUCCUGCUCGACCCGAAUAGCGGCAUCCUGAAGCUGUGCGACUUUGGCAGCGCCAAGAUCCUGGUCGAGAACGAGCCCAAUGUUUCGUACAUCUGCUCCCGAUACUACCGCGCCCCCGAGCUCAUUUUCGGCGCCACGAACUACACGACUAAGAUUGAUGUUUGGUCCACCGGCUGCGUCAUGGCCGAGCUCAUGCUCGGACAGCCCCUGUUCCCCGGCGAAUCUGGCAUUGACCAGCUGGUUGAGAUCAUCAAGGUGCUCGGUACACCGACGCGUGAGCAGAUCCGCACUAUGAAUCCGAACUACAUGGAGCACAAGUUCCCCCAGAUCAAGCCUCACCCGUUCAACAAGGUGUUCCGCAAGGCCGACGCCAACGCCAUCGAUCUUAUCGCCAGGCUCCUCGAGUACACGCCGACAGAGAGACAAUCUGCCAUCGAUGCCAUGGUUCACCCAUUCUUUGACGAACUGCGCGAUCCCAGCACCAAGCUGCCCGACUCGAGGCACGGUUCUGGCCAGCUCCGCGAUCUGCCUGCCCUCUUCGACUUCUCCCGACAUGAACUCUCCAUUGCGCCGAACCUGAACCCGCAGCUCGUACCAGCCCACAUCAAACCCGUCUUGGCGUCUCAAGGGCUCGACAUCGACAACUUCACACCGAUGACGAAGCAAGAGAUGAUGGCCAAGCUGGACUGA